GUUGGCUUACAUCACGCAGACAGUCCUUGUGUGUCACCUGGAACAUGUAAGAGUGUGUGUAGUGUCUCCAGCCGUCAGCACCGCGUCAUCUCUCUGUCUCACAGCCGCAGGCAUGGCUCUGUCUCUGGGGUGGCUCUCAGCCCUGGCCGCGGGUCUUUUCUCCGCUCAUGUCUUACAGAAACUGUGCUUCCCGUACUUUUGGAGGGACCUCCUGUUUCUGCUGAAGGUGAUCAGGUACGGCGUGAAGUUGGAGGUGUUCAAGCUGACAUCCAGCGUGUGUACGGUCCUGGACCGGUUCAUCCAGCAGGCGCAGCUCAUCCCCGACAAGCCGUUCGUCAUCUUCAACGGAAGCAUCCACACCUACCGGGACGUGGACAGGCGCAGCAACAGACUCGCCAAUGUUUUCCUGGAGAGAGCGAACUUGAGGAAAGGAGACUGCGUUGCCUUGCUCAUGAGCAACGAGCCCGACUUCCUGUGCGUGUGGUUCGGGUUGGCAAAGGUCGGCUGCUCGGUUGCUUUCCUCAACACCAACAUCAAACCGAAGUCUCUGCUGCACUGCUUCAACUGCUGCGGAGCCAAAACUCUCAUCGUUGGUUCAGAUUUGGUGGAGUGUCUGGACGGCAUCUUAACCACCCUGCUGGAGGACAACAUUCAGGUGUGGGCCAUGAAGAGCCAGAGUGAGCGCACAGAGGUGCACACUCUGUUGGAUAAGAUUGAUGCCGCCUCUGACCAGCCUGUACUAGCCGUGUUACGUACCACCACCUCCCUCAAAUCCCCCACCCUCUACAUCUUCACCUCUGGAACCACUGGGCUCCCUAAGGCCGCAGUGAUCACUCACCUCCAGAGCUUGAAGGCAGCAGCUGGUUUUUGGGCGUUUGGGGCGACUAAAGAUGAUGUGAUGUACAUCCCUCUGCCACUCUACCACAGUGCUGCUUCCUUGAUCGGCAUAGGAGGAACCAUAGAGCUGGGUGCGACCUGCAUCUUGAAGAAGAAGUUCUCAGCGUCCCAGUUCUGGAAUGACUGUAGAAAACAUGAUGUGACUGUUUUCCAGUAUAUUGGCGAGCUGUGCAGAUACCUCUGCAACCAGCCUAAGACGGAAGUGGAUAAAGUCCACAAGGUGCGGAUGGGCGUUGGGAAUGGGCUGAGGCAGGACGUGUGGCGGGAGUUCCAGAAUCGCUUUGGAAACAUAAAAAUGUGCGAGGUGUAUGGCUCCACCGAGGGGAACCUGUGCUUCAUGAACCACAUCGGCAAGAUUGGAACUGUGGGCCGCUCCAACUCCAUCUACAGACUCUUGUUCAAGUAUGACCUGGUCAAGUAUGACAUGAUGAAAGAUGAAUUGGUGAAAGAUCAGAAUGGUUUCUGUCAGCGAGUGAAAAAAGGUGAGACAGGGCUUUUACUGUCCAAAGUAAGCGCCACUAGCCCGUUCUUCGGCUACGCUGGAAGCAAGCAGCUGACUGAGAAGAAGCUAAUGAGAAAUGUGUUUGUGAAGGGAGACGCCUACUUCAACACAGGAGACUUAAUGGCUGAAGACCAGGAGGGCUUUAUCUGCUUCAGAGACAGAGUGGGAGACACCUUCAGGUGGAAGGGUGAAAAUGUAGCAACAACAGAGGUAACAGAGACUCUUGGGCUGGUGGAAUUUAUCCAAGAAGUCAACGUGUAUGGAGUGGAAAUACCAGGGCACGAGGGCAGAGCAGGAAUGGCCGCCAUUAUUGUGAGACCAGGCCUCACGUUCGAUGGGAAGAAGCUGUUUGAGCAUGUGCUGAGGGAUCUGCCGGCAUAUGCUCGUCCACUCUUCAUAAGGCUUCAGGAGGUCAUGGAAAUGACGAGUACCUUCAAGCAGCAGAAGUUCCAGCUGGUGCAGAGUGGCUUCAACCCCUCUACAAUCUCUGAUCCUCUCUAUGUGUUGGACUACCAGCAAAACGCCUACAUUCCUCUUACAGAUAGUAUCUACCAGAGCAUCUUCGCAGGAGAACGCAAGCUAUAGAACUCACAAGUACGGGUGUUGACGGCAUGGAAACAGUGCACAAAGAAGGAUAGAAGAGAGCUCUGCAUACUGCAGGAUUUUAUAUGUGAAUGAAACCAGAGAGACUACAAUUACAUUCUGAAUGAAAAGCCAUAAUCUAGUUAGUGAAUGAGAGGAUUAGGAUGAGUUGACUGUAUACUCAGGAACAGUAAUGUUCCUAUGAGAUAUUUUCAGAUAAAUAUGAACCUGAACGUAUCACUGUGAAACAACAACUGCUUAAAUGAACCUUGUUUAAUCUCAAUUUACCCCUCAAAACACCCCAAACACCUGACUGAAACAAGCUGUUUAACCAGAAAUCCCUUCAUCUCUCCAUUUGUUCAAACACUUAAAAAAGAAACUAAUUUAAAAGCCCUUAAUACAUGAUAUCAGUAGAUUUUAGUUAUGUGUUAUUGUGGUCUAUUUGGUGAGAUUUUGAUUAACAUUAGGGCUCUUAAAUAUGAUUUUCAUCUAUAAAUUAUCGACAUUUUAAUGGAUUAUUUAAGUAUUCAAUAGGUUUACUAAAUCUGCUCUGAUUGGCUGUUUUCAUUCAGGCCCAGUGGAUUCUUGCAAAUGCCAUUAGGAGCACUAGGAGGAGCCAGAGGAACAUGAUUUUUUCACAGAUUAUCCGUCUCAUGUACUACUGUCAGGAUAUAGUGAAAGUUUCAGCAAAUAUGACAAAAAAAUAUUUUUUUCAUGAAAGCCUACCUACUGCAGCUUCAAAAGAGCCUUCAUUAUUUCAGUUAAGGUGGUAAAUGGUAAAUGGACCUGUACUUGUAUAGCGCCUUUCCUUCUUCUGACCACUCAAAGCACUUCUACACUACAUGCCACAUUCACCCUUUCACACCCAUUCACACAAUGAUGGCAAAGUCCAUCGAACAGAAAUGAAUCAUUCAUUCACAUUCACAUAUCAAUGCACAGCAUCGGGAGCAAUUUGGGGUUCAGUAUCUAGCUUCGACAUGCAGCGAGAGGAGCCUGGGAUCAAACCAACACAUUUCUGAUUAGUGGACGACCCGCUCUACCUCUAAGCCACAGCUGCCCUGCAAGGUGUGAGUUUGCACCAAAUUUGUGUUUUAUUCAUAAAUGGAUGGAUUAUAUUAUAUUGAGGGGUUUUAAUGGGUUAUUUCUGUGGUUGGACUCGAGUCGAAACAAAAGAACAAAUGCACUACUAAAUGCAAUGUCUGCAGUAUCAAAAUAAAGAAUGCAUAAAGGAUCCACAUUAAACUAUCUGGCACCUAAAACGCAUCUGGAUAGAUGAGUCACCUGGACAGUUAACAACCACGUUUAACUCAGCCUCAGCUAUCUUGGGGGUCCCUUAACGUGCUUGUCCUUUGUGUAUGAAUGUGUGUGAAUGGAUGAAUUUGACGUGUAGUAUAAAGCUCUUUGAGUGGACUGGAAAGGCGCUAUAUAAGUGCGGUCCUUUUACCAUAGUCAAUCAGUGGUUAAACUAGGAUCACUAUAAACUGCAAUCAAUCACAACAAACCCUAUUUCUUCCUUGUUGUUCCAACUUCCAAAAAAGAUGAUAAACAUUCAAAUAAUAAAUUCCCUAGUUUGAAAAUCUUUGGGCUAUCUAAUGUUAGCUUGCUACAAGCUUUGUAGCUAUAUGAGGUUAACUUAAUUAGAUUGGCAUUCGCUGAAUAUUUAGAAUAUUCUGAAUAGUUUGCUUGCCACAUACAGUGCUGGAUACAGUUGUGAUAUGAUCCAGGAUUAGCGGGAAUGAUCAUUUGUGCAUCACAAUUUUAUUUUUCGCUGAAAAAACUAUUCAGAUCUUGAUGGUGUGACAUUUGUUGGGGUCGGUACCAAACAGACGUCUGGAGAUUAAGAUUUGUAGGCCAAAACAUAGACUUGAGACUUGACAUGGACUUCAAAAAAUGACAAAAAUGUCUGGGUUCAAGGGGUAAACCCCCCUGAAAAUGAUGGAAUUUCAUGAAAUUCACUGAAUAUACACUUUAACUGAUAUGUAUGUUGAAGAAUAUUUCAUUUUACAUGUUAAAUAAUAAUUAAUUUUAGAUAUAGGCUACACUGACAACCAAUUCUAGAAAUGAACACUGAGAAAAUAAAGACUACAUAACAAUGUAAAUAUCUAUACAUCAGACUACAAGAAUUUUGCAUUAUAUACUGGGGAAAAAAACUGUUUUCAUAUCUGUGCGUAUAUUGGAUAACAUAUAUAGCGAUACGAUACAGAUAUGUCUGCGAUAGGCCAAUAUAGGCCGAUGGAUAUAUUGGUUGAGCUCUAGUAUUAAUGAAGAGAUGACUUUUAUCUUAACUGAUCAAUUUUAAGGGAUUUAUCUACCUCUUCAAAAGCCCUUAAACUGUGCAAAUAAUCUAUAAGAAAUAACAUACAAUGUUACAAUCCAUUAAAUUGCCCAGUUAUAGUUCCCUUAGAGCUGCAGCAACUUUUAUAAAAAUCACUUUUUGUUCUAUUUGCUGAAACUUUAACUAUAUCCUUACAGUAGUACAUGAGACAGAUAAUCUGUGAAAAAAUCUGCUUCCUCUGGCUCCUCCUAGGUAUUUGCAAGAAUCCACAAGGCCUGAACGAAAAUAACCAAUCAGAGGUUGGUAGCUUUAAGACAGUUGAUUGUUGAGCCUCAUCCCCUGCAUCGUUAUUGACGCCGGGCACAGUGGAUUGUUGCAAACGUGAUUAGGAGCACUAGGAGGAGCCAGGGGAACCUGAUUUUUGCCCAGAUUACCUGUCUCAUAUUCUACUGUCAGGAUAUAGUGAAAGUUUUAGUCAAUUUGACAAAAUGUUAUUUUUAUAGAAAUUACCUACUGCAGCUUUAAAAAGUGCCUUGAUUACAUCAGAACUCAUAUGAUGAGAAAAUAGAUGGCAUUUUAAAGUACACAAUGAAGGGAUUUAGUUUUAUGGCUUGAAGGUUCACAGAGGCUUUUAUUUAUUUUAUGUUUUUUUAUUUAUUUGUGUUUGUAACUUACAAACACAAAUAAAAGGUUCACAGAUGUGUUGCUGACACUUUGACAAAUGGAUUUCCCCAACAAGAUCAACACAUUCUUCCACAGCUAUUUAGUUUUUACUGAUUUUACUCGAGCCAAUCAGAUUUUAAUCCAUCGUUUUUCAAAUUCCCACAUUACUCUGACCAAUUACAGCACGGCCUGUAUGUUCAAAUGAUAUUUUUCAUUAAUGAAACAAAAAUAAUCGCUUGUUCUCUUGACUGUGAGAAAUUCUGAAUAUAAAGCCCAUAUAUUUAGCCAUAUCAAGAGUUUUUCCCAUUUAUGUCUUUUUGAUGCUGUGAAAGUUCUGAUUUAUUUAUUUAUUUUUGUUUUUCUUUUUGUUUUCUUUUACUUUGCUUUUGAGAUUUUAAUGUGCACUGCAAAAUGUAUUUACAGGCAUUCAUACUUGAGACCUUUCCCAGGUCAAAUUAGUUUGUUUGCUGUUGGGUAAAAAGUCUGUUAACAUGAAGGGUCUUAACUUCACAGUAGAUGCAGAAUCAGGGCAGAGCUGUUAUUGUGGUCAACCACAAUAAGCUUGCUUCUUCCACCAUCCUCAGCGUGUCUGCAAUGUUCUGUUUGUGUAUUUACAUGAUUUAUUUUAGAUAUGAGCAGCUUAUUUCAGUAUAUUAGCACAGUUAUGUGACUGUAACUGAGAAGAGAGGCACCGUUUGUAAUAUUUUAGAAGAGACUGAAAUGUACUGAUCUGCUGUUUACUGUUCGUUUUGUGUUGUGUAUGUUUUAAAUAGUAAUAUUUAGAAGGUUCAGUUCACUUCUGUGUGUGAUCAGUGUAUGAAUAUGCUCUUAAAAAGUAUUGCAUACAGGCUACAGUAGGUCAUUUUAUAUGUUUUAUUUCUGACAGUAAUACACGAUUGGUUGUUUUCGUUCAGGCCUGGUGGAUUCUUGCAAAUACCAUUAGGAGCACUAGGAGGAGCCAGAGGAACCUGAUUUCUUCACAGAUUAUCUGUCUCAUGUACUACUGUCAGGAUAUAGAGAGAGUUUCAUUAAAUAUGACAAAAAGUUAUUUUUUAUAAAAGUUACCUACUGCAGCUUUAUCAUCAAUCAUUCCUAUCAGCAAUAAAACAAAUUAAAUUGUCAGAAUUCACUAAAAAGAAGUCUUGACAGGUCAGGAAUCAAGACAUAUGGUCAGACAGGUUGGAAUUAAUCCAACGGAUUAGACAGACCCAAAUGUGAACAUUUUUACCCAAACUCUCUGUUGUAAACAUCCAUCACAGUUUAUACACCAAUUGCUGACCUGCUGUACUCACAACUCACAUGGAUUAUUCCACAGCAUUGUUGAAUAUUCGAUAUUCAGCUUUCUACUGUCUGUUUCUCAAUACCAGACCGCUGCUAUGAUGACAGACUGUUGCUAUGGACGUAGUUCAGAUCUUAGACUCUGGAUAAUCAUUUUUAAAUCAAUAAAAUCAUUUUUAAAUCAA